CGGGGGCCGUCGAAGUCUUUUGCCUUCCUCCCCUCGUCUUCCUCGCGGACAGCGGCGAGAUCGGUUGUCUUUCUCCGUGAUCCGCGUCCUCCAGCCGGAAUCUUGACGGAAAAGGUAUACUUUGGGGAAACAGAAUCGACCACCAUGAAAGCACUCAUCCUUGUUGGAGGAUUUGGUACCCGCCUUCGGCCUCUGACACUCAGUUUUCCGAAGCCACUUGUUGAUUUCGCUAACAAACCAAUGAUCCUUCAUCAGAUUGAAGCUCUGAAGGAUGUUGGAGUUACCGAAGUCAUUUUGGCCAUUAAUUACCGACCAGAGGUUAUGAUUAGCUUUUUGGAGGACUUUGAGGACAAGCUUGGAAUCAAAAUCACUUGCUCCCAAGAGACUGAACCGCUUGGAACAGCUGGUCCCCUAGCGUUAGCCAGAGACAAGCUAAUAGAUGGCUCUGGUGAGCCGUUCUUUGUCCUCAACAGUGAUGUCAUAAGUGAGUACCCUUUUGCCGAACUAAUUCAGUUCCACAAAUCACAUGGCGGCAAGGCAACAAUAAUGGUGACCAAGGUUGAUGAGCCGUCCAAGUAUGGUGUUGUUGUUAUGGAUGAAGGAAGUGGGAGGGUGGAUAAAUUUGUGGAGAAGCCAAAAGUAUUUGUUGGAAACAAGAUCAAUGCUGGGAUUUACUUGCUCGAUCCAUCAGUCUUGGAUCGUAUUGAGCUGAGACCAACCUCCAUCGAGAAGGAAGUUUUCCCAAAUAUUGCGGCUGAGAAACAGCUCUAUGCCAUGGUACUGCCUGGUUUCUGGAUGGACAUCGGGCAGCCAAAGGACUACAUCACAGGCCUACGGCUGUACCUCGACUCGCUGCGGAAGAAAGCAUCUACAAAGUUAGCCGCUGGCUCCCACAUUGUAGGAAAUGUCCUGAUUCAUGAGAAUGCUGUGAUAGGCGAGGGAUGCCUGAUCGGGCCAGAUGUUGCCGUUGGUCCUGGCUGCGUGAUCGAGUCUGGUGUUCGGUUGUCAAGCUGCACGGUGAUGCGAGGUGUUCGAAUUAAGAAGCACGCAUGCGUCUCCAACAGCAUCAUUGGCUGGCAUUCGACGGUGGGUCAAUGGGCACGGAUCGAAAACAUGACCAUCCUUGGCGAGGACGUGCAUAUUUCUGAUGAGGUAUAUAGCAAUGGAGGGGUUGUUCUCCCACAUAAAGAAAUCAAAUCAAGCAUCCUGAAGCCUGAAAUAGUAAUGUGAGAAGUGAAACCUGCUUCUUGUUGUCCCAGCUGUUGACGUUGCCUCUGCUUAGUUCCUUCAGUUUCCUGGCUACGAGUGUGGUCCUUUGCAAGUGAUAUGACUAUAGAUAUAAGUUAAUGCCGAGGGCAGAAGAAACUCGGGUAUUUACAUAUAAAGCUUGUUAGAUUUGUUUCUCUUUUACAGCGUUUUGUGCUUUCAUCGUCCGAAAAAAAGAAUAUUUCUAUGAAUCACUUUUCAUUA